UUGAUGAAAAGUCAUCCAUGUAUAAAGUUGCUUUCAACAUUGUCAUGAACUCACAAUUUCAAAACUUGUAGCAGAAGAGGGAAAAGAAGAUUGAUUAGAAAAGAAAAGCCUCAAGCUAAACACAACCCUGUGAAAUCCCCAAGUAUCAGUUUUUCUAUCUAUCUCAUUGGUUUGGCUAAUUCAAUUCCAUACAAAUUGCACAUUGAAAAAAAUCAGAAACAUGAAUAUCAAGAAGACGAAAAAUGAGGGCGUGGAGGAGGUAGCAAUGGAUGUGUCUGGGGCACCUGAUUGGCAAUGCCAGGAUUACUACUAUUGCUUGCAGGGCUGUUCUGCACAACGAAAGGGUGACUCAACAACUGCACAGCCGUCCAUCGUUUAUCGGGAUCCCUCUGCAGACAUAGCGCGAUGAAGUUCCUGAACUCCCUUGAAGCCGUCGGUGGCGCCUCCGGUGGUCUGGACAUACAAAUGGCGCACAUUAGGGAGGCCCAAUCUCCUUGCCGGCCGACGUUGAAAGGAAAUCUCCCCAAGUAGAACUCCAAGAUGCUCACUCCCAAGCUCCAUAUAUCCCCUGCAUAUCCAUUGUACUGUCCAUGAUUCAGAUCUGUGUUUAUCCUCUCGGGGCUCAUGUACGCGAUUGUGCCGACAGAGGAGUUGCAGGGAUCCAUGGUUUGUGCGAGGAUUCGGGAGACUCCAAAGUCAGCUAUCUUCACCCUGCGGUGCGAAUUGAUGAGCAGAUUGGAAGGCUUAAUAUCACGAUGAACAAUCUUCCGUCGGUGGAGGUAGCUGAGUCCGGAUAAAAUCUGGCGAGUUAGAUCUGAAAGGGAUGGCUCCUGCAGGAUGUGAGUCCCCUCGAGCGAUCCUUUGUCCAUGUACUCGAGGAGCACCUGAAUUUCGCCGUUAUGAUCGGACAGGCCGUGACAUUUGACGACGUUGGGAUGGUCGACAUCGCGGAGGAUCUCGAUCUCGCGCCGCAUCUGGAGGCGAACGGAGUCCUCGUGGUGGCCGUAAAUCACUUUCAGAGCAUAGAGCUUGCCGGUCGGACGGUGGAGGACCUUGUAGACCGUGCCGCCGCUCCCACUGCCGAUGCGAUUGAUGCGCUCGAGCUCCGAGAAGUUGAGAGGAGUCGAGGGAUCAGAAGAGGACGGCGACAUGGAGGUGGAGGACGCGGCGGAGGUGGGAGGGAGAGGAAGCGGUACGGCUAAUCUUGGGUCGCGUUGAGGAAGAGGGAGAGUUAGAUCGGGUUUCCGGCGGGGUCGGUUGCGAUUCACCGAUGGCGAUGCCGCCGCCGAAGAAGAGGAAGACGAAGAGUCCGGCGGGGCGAACGGUGGCGGUUGAAGCGACCGCAUGAUUGAUUGCUGAUCGGUUAUUGAGAAAAUGGGAAAUGGAUGGGGAAAAGUGGAUACGGUUUUUGUUUAAUUAUUACGGAGUAUGAAAGUGAUAGAAUAAAAAAUAGAGAAAUUCC